UUCAAGACUGCCUAUCCAUGGUCAAAACUAUAAGUCUUCUCGAUUUAAACUUGAAAGCGAGCUUGCCUUUUUGCUUUUGGGUCCCAGAGCACAACUCUUCUCUCUUUCUCCUUACAUUACAACUACUCUCCUAUAAAAAUAUGUUCAGAAAGAAACCACUUACUCACAAUCAUCGUCAUUGCAAUCUAUCCUAACCCCAGAAAAGAAAAGAUUCUCAGGCUCUAAACUCUAGAUAGAGCUCACUUUUUACAUAUAUAACCGAAGCAAGAUAGAGCAUAAAGCUACUAAGUUUGUUCUCUCUCUCGAUGGCUGGUAGAAGCCGUGAAGAGGUGAAAGUGGUGCUUAUUGACACUCAGUAUGUUGUAACUGAUCCUUUAAGCUUCAAGUCUGUCGUUCAGCGUCUUACUGGUAAAGAUUCUUGCGUUUCUUGGAUUGAAGAGAGCUCUUUUGCUGGUGUCAAGAGGAAAAGAUCGGAGUCUGAUACUGAUAAAGUUGAAAACUCAGAUCAUGGCCACGAUAGCUGUAAUAUGGAGUUAUCAAAAGGAUUGUCGUUUAAAGACUUGGAUAGACUGAUUAUGGAAUUGCCUCCAAUGGAGGAGUGGUAUCAGUUGUGGACUCAAAAUAAUCUACUUUAAUAUAAUUUUAUUAUUAUUAUUUUUUUUUUUUUUGUAUGCGGGGUUCGUUUAUAUCUUAAUAUAAUUAGUAGAAAUUCUUUAGACUUAA